GAUGGACAUUACGAAGGAGCUGGAUGUUUUUAUUUCAUAAACAUGGCCGACAGCAAUGGUUCAGGUCGUGGGUACUCGUAUCAAAGAUCUGUGAAAGACCCAUUCUCGGAAUCCUUUGAAGGAUUUAGCAGGGGAGAAUAUAACGCAAAAGCAGAUGCCAGACUAAAGAAAAGAGGAAAAGAAAUUCUGGAGAAGUACAAUCCUGCAAAUGUAAAGAAAAGCAGAAUAAACACUCACUCAAUAUUCUGGAUGGUGACAUCCAUUGCCGUCUUCUACUUCACUGACUUCUAUCUUGCUGUAAAAUUAGAUCCAAGAGUAAAUUGGACAUGGCUGCUACCAGGGAUGGUUUUUCUUGUAAUUAGUACAAGCAUUGGCAUUUUCUGCGUGUUUUGGUGUUAUUAUGUCAAGGGUAUAGCGGAUUAUGAGAAAGAAUACCCAUUUAUCAUCCCAUUGGCGACAGUUAGCUUCCUUGUUGGUAUCGCAUGUUGCUGUGUGGCAUUAUGGCCAGUCUGGGGCUGGUUCACCCCUCUGAUUCUGUUCACAUUGGUUAUGGGUCUUAUCUUUGCAACAACUAUCCUGCCGUUAUGAUGAGCAAAUCGCAGCCAUCAAAGGGUAUGCCAUUUCCAAUGGAAACAUCAUACCGAGGUUAAGGAAAAGCUUUUGCAGCAUCGAAAAAGCAUUUUAUCGAACUGCUUGGGAGAUGGCUCUUGAAAAGACAAGUGGUCCAAACAGAACAUUUUCAACGAAAAUCGAAAUCUGAAAGAAGUUGCUCUCGACUUCGGAUAUAGCCAACGUCAACAAAGUUCGUUGAAUUCAAUAUGAGUAAAUGAUUUUGAAUAAUGUCACCAAGUAACGGAGAUUUGAUACUAUGAGGCACGUCUAGUUCUCCUGUGUCUCUAGAUCUUUAAUUCGCAUUCGAUGUACCUGGGAGAGACGCUCCUUCGCAUAAAACAUGGCUUGUUUGGAGUGUAUUCUUAGUAAACAACUUGAUUUGUGGCUGAGACUUUAAGUGGGAGAAAUUAGCAAAGGAUAUCCUAUGAGCUACUUAGCACAGCCAAGCCCAGGCCAUAAUAUUAGAUGUCAAAUCAUUCUAACAUAAAUAAAGUCGAUUUUGCACGUUUUCCUGAAAGCUAAUAGCAGCUUAAACUCACAAACACGUUUAUAAGUAGCACGUGAUCUAUGAAUGGAAACACCACAUAUCCUCUCCAAUCCUUUGAAGAAUAUCAAGACAAUGUCCGGAGCAAUUCAUUGGGACGAAAGGUUGGAAACUACGACUCUGUCAACAAAACGAAUUCACGUUAAAAUGUGAUCGAGCGAUCUAUCGUUAAAAUAUUUCGCAUUUGCAGUGAGUUGUGGGUAAUUUGAAAUGAAUUAGGAAUGAGCAGCAGAGAAAAUUUCAUGAACGCUUAGAAACGUUUAAUUACCAAUGGGUUAAUAAGUAUGGCACUCGAGUACACAGUCCAGUUUCUCAAGCAUCACACUCAUUUCGUGCGAUGGUCGCUUCAACCUUCGUUUUAUUUUUCGGAAUUUUCAGCACACCGAUAUAAUACUUUUUUGAAUCAAGAAAAAUAUCCUUUAGAAAUAUCAUGAAAAUAUCUGUCUUCCUUGCUUGAUUACAAAUCAUUCAAUGUCUUUCAAAAUUUAUAUCCUAAAAUUAUUUUUUCAUUUCAAAGGUGCCCUAAAACGUUAUUGUGAAAGUUUAAGCGAUAUGAAAGUUGAAGCAAUCCUUAAGUUAAGAGUUAACUGGUAUGCGAAAGAGGAGUCUCUCUCACUUUAGGGAGGGGGAAGGAUUGUGGUGUUUAUGAAGUCACUGAGAAAGGUGGAAAGGAAUUGGGUUUUGUCUUCAGUAUAAGCCUUGCUGUUCUGCAGCCUUCUCUUAAAAAAAUUCAAAUUUUAAGAUAGAUACCAUAAAUUCGCUUUAGGUACCACAAAAGUUGAAAAUAGUAUAUAAUAGAGUAUAAACGUCGGUUAAUGUCCAAAAGUAAGCAAUGAGUUGGCAUCUUUAUAAUUGAACUGAAAUAGGAGAAAACAAUUUCGAGUUGGCGAAUCUGUGACGUAAUUUGGACGUUACAUUGUAUUUCAAAUGACCUCGUCUUCGCGUGUGAAGCUGUGAAUUCGUACGUCGGCUGCAAGAUGAACUCCUCAAGUUUUCGUAGCUGCAGUUCUUUUGCAUUAAAGUAAAAUGUUUAAGCUUUCCAGAAUUGAAACCUGAAGCUCUGAACUGUUUUCCAAUAUCGUAUAUGGAAAACAACAAUUCAAGCUAAAGUGACUCUGGUUCUGUGACAAAAAUUGCCAAUGUGCGCUAGGCGAAGAAGGAACAAUUCAUGACGAUCGCGUACCGAACAACCUGAUGCCCCAUUGUCAUCAAGUGUAUUCAGUUUUUCUAUUAUUGACAAAGGAUAAAGUUUCAGCUGUAUAAACUGAUAAACCGUAAUUUCAUUUUCAAUAAAACAAUUUUAUAAUGCUGCAA